AUGCAGGUCCAGUCGGUGCACCUCGGUUCCGUCGCCAUCGGCCCGGCGGCGUGGCGCGACGAGACGCUGCGCUCCAUCCGGCGGGCGGAGCGCCUGAUGCGGCAGGCCGGAGCCAGUCGGCCCCGGAGCUGCAGCGGCAGGAGCGGCGCGGCGGAAGCGGCAGAAGAUACGAUCACCGCGGCGGAACGCGCAGAGAGUCGCGACUGCGUCUGCGCGAAGAAGAUGCAGAGGCCCCAAACCACAGGUGCCAUGUUCCCUCGCGGCCCCCGGGGAACGUCCCGAGCGUUCCCGCCGCCCGGCGGCCGCGAGCAGUGUACGGGCGCCGGCGUGGCCGCGGUCCGCGAGUACAUGCGCGGCGUGCGGCAGGCGGAGGGCCGGUUGCGCAGGCGGGCCGGCGCCGUGAGCCAGGAGGCCGUCAAGCUGCAGCGGGGGAGGGGCCACCUGGAGAGGACGCUGCGCAGCAUCAGGACCGACCGGAGCGUCAACGGCAGGAGCUCGGAGGGGAGGAGCAGGAGGCCCCGGGCCGAAAGCGAGAGAGAUGGGGCUGACUACCUGCUGUCCUGUGAGAGGAGAGAGCUGGACCGGCUGGAGCUGGACCUGGAGGUGGCGCUGAGGGCCACCCUGACCCAGCUGCAGGCCCUGAGUCGCAGCGGCAGGCAGCUGCUGGACUGCGCCGGGGAGAGGGCUCGAGUCCUGGAGCUGCUGCCCCACAUCGGCUCUGCUGGAGGGACUCAGACCCCCCACAGAGCAGACCCCGCCGGGCCCUUCACACCCGAGUGUGAACGUGUUUUGGAGGCGUCUUCCCUGACAGUCAACCAAUCACAGAUGCUGAGGGAAACCCUGCGGCAGACGCUCGCCAGCGCCACCACCAGGCAGAAAGCGGCGCGGCGCAGCGUCAACGACGGCCUGGUGACGAAGGUCGCCGAGACCAUCGGCCUGCAGCAACAGCUGGCGCUGGUGUCGGCGGCCACCAGGCAGGCCGCGUGCCGCAAGCAGAGGGAGGUCAACGGCAUCCGCCACCGCCACGGCAGAGUGCAGGGUCCGGAGUGCAGCGGGGACCUGCAGGCCAGAGAGAAGCUCACCAGGCCUCUGGUGCAGGUGUAUCAGAGGCAUCCAGGGAGGCAGUUACCUGAGGCCGCUCACCUCAUACAGGGCAGCGUGGUGCUGAGGAGAUGUCUGACGUUAUCGGAGGGCGAGCUGGCCACGCUGCAGCGCGCGCGCCUGCAGCUGCUGGACGACCAGCGCGGCAAGAGCGCGGCGGCGCAGGCGGACGCCGCGGUGGUCCGCAUGAGGGCUCGAGCACAGCAGACGCGCCUCUAG